GUAACACUGAGCAGGCCAUGUGGUGGUGCAGCCAGAGGUUUCUUUAUUUUAUGCUUCGUCUGAAUCCCCAGAUGGAUGAUUAUAUAUCUAUAUAAAUUAUAAGACUGAAAUUAAACAGAGGCGGAAAAGACAGAUCAAUAAAGACUUUCUUCUUUGGUCAUUAGAGAGAUCUUUUCAUGGAGCAGGACAGGCUCAUGGACUUCAUAUUCAAAUAAAGGCAGACCUUGGAGAGGAUGAUCCCUUCACUAUAGGAGAGCUGAAUGCUGCAUGAAGGACCCAGGGGAAGGGCUGGUAAAAUGCUCUUGUAUACCAACAGGAUGUCACAGUAGGCUACACUUGGGACAUAGGAGAAGAAAGAGAGAUGAACUGCAAAAAGAAGUUGGAUCUCAAAGGAAUUAGAUGCAAUCACCCUAUUUAAUUGACUCAUCUGCCUCGCCGUAUAAUUGGAAGCAGAUACAGAAGGAGCUGGUCACCAUUACCAUCUUGACCUGAGACCAUGAACCUUUAGGCCUCUUACUGGGGUGGCGAAGAGCUUAACAAAUCGACUACUGUGGUUUGCCCUCCAGAGGAGAGCGUUAAACAGGUGAAGCUGAACACUGCUCUCAUUAGUCACACAUGCAGUCACCUGCCGCUCACCAGAGACCAACGCCAGAGCUCUGAAAGUUUCCACCGCUAUUUCUUCCCACACUCGGGAGACACUUGAGGAAUGGCUAAGACUCUGUGACUGGAUGUAAGCUCGGUGGAAAAUGCUGCGCUGCUGGGGACCAGGCAGAUAAGAGGAUUCAAGCAUCUGUCUGAGCGAGCCAAUCAUGGCCAACAUGGUGGUUCAGCUCCUCGGCUUCUUCUUAGGACUGCUGGGCUUUGCAGGAACUGUGGCUGCAACCGUGCUCCCCCACUGGCGCAUCACGGCCUAUGUGGGCGCUAAUAUCAUCACAGCCACCGCCUACAUGAAAGGCCUGUGGAUGGUGUGUGUCCGGCACAGCACCGGCAUUUACCAGUGUGAGCUUUACAAAUCCCUGCUGGCACUGCCCCAUGAUCUGCAGGCUGCCCGGGCACUCAUGGUACUCUCCUGCCUCACCUCAGUCCUGGCAUCUCUGGUUGCUGUGAUGGGGAUGAAGUGUACCCACUUUGCUCAACAUUCAGUGGUCAAAUCUCCCCUGGUGCUGAGCGGGGGGAUUUGCUUUCUCUGUGCCGGUCUCCUUUGCCUGGUCACCGUGUCCUGGACCACCAACAAUGUCAUCAUGGAAUUCUACAACCCCUUCCCUCCCAGUGGACAGAAGUAUGAGAUCGGCCUGGCUGUUUAUCUUGGCUACGCUUCGGCCUGCCUCAGUCUGACCGGGGGGGUGGUGCUGUGCUCAAGUAGUAGAGGCGACGGGUUGCGAAGCCCCCAACACAUGCAGAGGAGUCAGCUGUCAUCACCUCCCCCUGUCUUCAACCACAUUCAUCCUCCUGCUCCUCUCUAUAAACCUCCUGAGGCCCUAAAGGACAAUCAUGCACCCUCACUUUGUUCCCUCUCCAGCAAUGGCUACAGACUCAACAACUAUGUGUAAGGCUGCAGACAUACUAACACUAACUGUGAGAACACCGGACCUGUGUAUAUAAUGAAAAAGGUUCUGCAUAGACCUGAACUGUCAUCUGAUCACUUUGACAACGUUUUCUUUUUUCUUUUUCAUGAUCGUCAGAUCACAUUACUUUCUCUACUCAAAAACAAAAUGUUGUCAUUAAAGGAUAUUUGAUGAACUACAAACUUUUUCAUCCAAGCGUAGAGCCCAGAGAACCUCUGAACUGCCUGUGUUUGUAAGGAAAAGAACUGAAACCUCUGGUGCUGCUGCAAUGCACCUAAAGGACCAGAAGGUGGCGAUAUGCUACAGGAAAAUGUCAAACAAGAAAGCGACAGCUUAUUACAAGACUUUCACUUGCUUGUUGAAUCCUAUUUUUUUAUUGGUAUAAUUAUUUCUUAAAAUACAAACAAAGCAAAUGCUUCAGAAACUUUAAAAAAUAACAGAUUAUUAAAUAUUUGAUGUCUGUAAAUCAUCAUUAGCCUGUAAUUAAUAAAAAUGAUGGUUUUAUUCCAUGUUUUCUUCUACUUAGCUUCAGGCCAGAGUUACUGAGAUCACUCACAGAGACUUUAAUGACAAUAUUAGAGUUAAAUUUAACUUUUCAAACAAUUAAAAGCAAAGCAUAUGUGAGAAAGUUCAUUUUUUGAUGCAUGUUUUAAAAUGUUAUGUUGUAGCUAAUGUUCUUACAUCUAAAAUCCAUUGCUGAACAAAGAGAAAGUGAUUGCUACAGAAAGAUGUUUGUACUGUUAAUGAGAGUUGCGGGCUACUGUAGAGCCCUGAUAAACCAGAAUUUUCAUAAUUUUCUGCAAACCCUCAUUGGAGAGCUGGGUGAAGCUUGAAGAUGCCACUGGAUGGCGGCAACACUCUUUUGUUAGAAUCUGGGCUCAUCCUGUAGUGAGAAGGACCUUGUAUGUUUUCAGACUGCAGCUUUCUAUGCUGUUGAAUAUUUGACACUUAUUUAUAAGCUGGGUAACAUCAGGGUUUUGUUUUUUUUUUUUUAUGAUUGACUUUGGGAUGUUCAAUACAGAAUUAUUUACAACUCCUCCGAGGCCCUUCUGGCUGACUGAAUAACUACCUGUAACACAAAGAAAAUGUUUCUGAGGCUUAUUUGUAGAAAACCCUCCAAUUAGAGAUGCCCUCUGUCUGACAGACCGUCUGCUGC